AUUAUCCGAAAAAAUAUUUUUCUUGAAAAACGAACAACCAAUUCUUGAAAAAGCACGAGAAAAAUCAGAAAAUUAAAAGUUUUUUUUUCUUUGAAACUAAGAAAUAUUUACAUUUUCAGUCAUUACACUUUAUUAAUACCACUAUGGCAACAGCAGCAAACUAUAUAAGAAAAUCGGCAGACGUUGUAGGAGUAGCAAAAAAUGGCAAAGCUACAGCAUCGAUAAUUUUUCUUCAUGGAUUGGGAGAUACAGGUCAUGGAUGGAGUUCGUUGAUUGAUGAAAUCAGACCUCCGUUCAUGCAAUUUAAUUGUCCAACUGCAGCGACUAUUCCUGUGACAUUAAAUCUUGGAUUUCAAAUGCCUUCAUGGUUUGAUAUUCGAAGUCUUGAGGUUGGCGGAAGUGAAGAUGAGGCUGGAAUAAAAGAAGCAGCACAUUCUGUUCAUGGAAUGAUUAACAACGAAAUUCGUGCUGGAAUUCCAGCUAAUAGAAUUAUUCUCGGAGGUUUUUCACAGGGAGGAGCGUUGGCUUUAUACUCAGCAUUAACUUAUCCGGAGAAGCUGGCAGGCGUUGUUGGAUUAUCUUGUUGGCUUCCAUUGCAUUCCAGUUUCCCUGCAGCUAAGGUGUGCCCAGAUUCGACACCAGUUUUGCUUUGCCAUGGAGACAGUGAUCCAAUUGUCAGCUAUAAAUUUGGACAACUAAGUCAUUCUCUUCUCAAGUCGCUCUUAAAAACUACUCAACUUAAGACGUAUCGUGGAUUAGCUCAUCAAAGUUCACCUCAGGAAAUCAGUGACAUAAGAGAUUUCAUUAAUCAACAUGUUCCGCAUGCUUAAAUUAUUCUGCAUUUACUAAAUAAUAUCUAAAAAUUGUUAAUCACUUAGCCUCUCAAUAAUAAUUAAAAAAAUACAUAAAAGAAAUCUUCACAUGAAAGGUUUUCCUCAGCUAUGAGUAAUUCAAAACUACAUCCUGAUAAAAAUUGACGAAAGUAGAAAAAAUUAACUUGAAUUUUUGUGAUACUUAAAACUACAUUGAAACAGGAGCUCAAGUGAAUGAAAUUAAUCAGCGAAAUAAAAAAAAAUGACUUGAAUGAUUUUUGUGUAUUUAAAUAAAACGAAGUGUAAUGGAUUUGUGACGCUAUGGUUGAGAAGUUUCAAAGUGUGAAAAAAAACCUAAAUAAUUAAAGGCAAUUAAAUAUUUAAAAUUAUGAAUCAUAGAUACAAAAAGAACCCUCAAAUUGAUUGACUAACUUAUGUAUUUUGAGAAAAUAUCAAAUUGAUUUAUUGAAUUCUUCAAAUCAAUAAAGACUUUAGAAAGUUUAGUUUUGAAAGAAAAAGAUAUCUUGAAUAUGGUUUGCAGUUACUGGAGAAUCGACAUCACUCCAAACAUUCCAUUUUUCAUAUUAA